AACAAAGUUCUAAGGUAUUAUAAGUUUUUCCUUGCAGUGAGUUGAUACUGCAUGUCAUCGGCCUCCGCUUAGGAUCAGUUGGGCUGUUCUGCACGUUGUUCCUGUUCCUGCCAGUUGCGAGGGGCUCAGUUCUUCUUCGGCUUAUCGACAUUCCAUUUGAGCAUGCUAUUAGAUACCACGUCUGGCUCGGACAUCUCACGAUGGCUCUCUUUACAUUGCAUGGCUUGUGCUAUGUGAUCGAAUGGUCCAUGCAGGGGCUCCUACUUAAAAAAAUGGCAGGAUGGGAGGAAGUUGGAAUUGCAAACUUCCCUGGCGUGAUCAGCUUGGCAGCUGGCCUACUUAUGUGGGUGACCUCACUUCACCCAGUGAGGAAGAGGUUCUUUGAGCUCUUCUUCUACACCCACCAACUCUACGUCAUCUUUGUCGUGUUCUUGGCAUUACACGUCGGCGACUUCAUCUUCAGCAUUUCAGCUGGGGCCAUCUUCCUCUUCAUGCUCGAUCGCUUCCUAAGGUUUUGGCAGUCAAGGGCCAAAGUUGACAUCAUUUCAGCUGCCUGCCGCCCAUGCGGGACAGUGGAGCUAGUCUUCUCAAAACCAGCAAGUCUCCGCUACAAUGCUCUCAGUUUCAUCUUCAUCCAAGUGCGCGAGUUGUCAUUCUUGCAGUGGCAUCCGUUCAGCGUAUCUUCGAGUCCAAUGGAUGGGAGAUACCACAUGUCGGUUCUCAUAAAAGUACUGAGCACAUGGACUGAGAAGCUGAGGAGCAUCAUCACCGAUGUCCAGGAGCAGAACAGGGGUGACUCCGAGUUGCAAUGUGGCCGCAUAACAGCCUGUGUGGAAGGGCCGUAUGGACAUGAAUCUCCCUAUCACUUGAUGUACGAGAAUCUCAUCCUGGUGGCAGGAGGAAUUGGAAUAUCACCAUUCUUGGCGAUCUUGAGUGACAUAAUCCACAGGAUCGAGGAGGGCAAGCAAUGCAUGCCCAAGAACGUGCUUGUCCUGUGGUCAGUGAAGAAGUCCAAGGAGCUUUCUCUCUUGUCGGCCGUCGAUGCGCAGACCAUCAGUUCAUCUGUCUCUGACAAGUUGCGCUUGGAUAUCCAGGCAUUCGUGACCCAGGAAACCCAGGCUCCAUUGGAGGAUGGCAUUGGCGGCGACGACCAGAAAGUCCCUGGUAUGUUCGUCAAGAACGGGACGACCAUGUCCGGGCUGGUCGGCACCGGGGACAACUUCUGGGCGGCCAUGUACUUCCUGGCGUCGACGCUCGGCUUCCUCCUGGCGUACGCCCUGGUGCAGGUGUACUACGUGAAGCCCCACAACGUGGUGGCGUGGUGGUACCUGGGCCUCCUGUUCAUGCUGUGCAUGGCCGCCGGCGGCCUCGUCGUGCUCCUGUGGCACCUGUCCGAGAAGCGGAGGCUGGAGGACGACAAGUGGGACGCCGCUGCCUCCCAGUCGCCGCGCGCCGAGCCGCAGACAGCGCCCGCGGCAGGUGGUGACGACGACGCCCCUGGCGUCGGCCUCGCCGCCCUGCGGACGACCCGGUACGGGUGCCGGCCAGACUUCGAAGCGGAGUUCGCGGCUUUCGUGGAGCGCGCCGGCGACGCGGCGGACGUGGGCGUGCUGGUGUGCGGGCCGCAGGGGCUGCAGGCGAGCGUGGCGAGGGAGUGCCGGGCGCGGAACCUCCGCCGCGGCGGCGGGGCGGGGAAGAGCGGCCGCCGCGCGGUCUUCCACUUCAACAGCCACAGCUUCGACCUCUGAUUACACACGCGCCGG